UCGUAUCUCCAGAGCAGACCGAGAUGGUGCUUUUUGGGGCUAAAGGCGGCCAACAAGCUCCUUCCACGUUCUCAAUACUGCUUGAUGAUGAUCGAUCCUCUCCUCACUUCCAAUCUUCGAUCACCAUCGGUACCACACAGGCAAACUAGAGUAUCGGAAAGGUCAUUGCGGCCAAGCAUGCAAGGGACAUCGGGCAUGGCGGGGCAGAAUCCGGACUAGCCGCGGGGCGACGUUGACUACCGUGAAUUUCCUCUGUAUAAUCAAUAAGUCGCCUUUAAACAUACCAACAUCCCAACGUUGACCCGUCGCAUUCUUGCCAGAAGUGAGAUGCCUUCCCAUACCGCAUCGCAGCGCUAUUUGAGCACCCGAGGAGGAUCCUACGAUCUCUCCUUCGAGGAUGUCGUUCUCAAAGGGCUUGCCUCCGACGGCGGCCUUUUUAUUCCAGAAGAUGUUCCAACUUUACCCAGCGACUGGGCUUCCAGCUGGCAAGACCUCUCAUUCGAAGACCUCGCAUUCGAGCUAUUCUCGCUCUACAUCUCGCCCUCCGAAAUACCCUCCGAAGAUCUGAAGGAUAUCAUUCGGCGCAGCUACUCCACUUUUCGCACAAAGGACGUCACGCCGAUCGUGACCUUGGACGAGAAGCGGAACAUUCACCUGCUGGAACUGUUCCAUGGCCCGACUUAUGCGUUUAAGGAUGUUGCGUUACAAUUCCUGGGAAACCUCUUUGAGUACUUCCUUGUAAGAAGGAACCAGGGCAAGGAGGGUCCCGACAGGGAGCACUUGACCGUCAUUGGAGCGACAAGUGGAGAUACGGGUUCAGCAGCCAUAUACGGGUUGAGGGGAAAGAAAGAUGUCUCAGUCUUCAUCAUGCACCCCAAGGGCAAGAUCAGCCCGAUCCAGGAAGCACAGAUGACGAGCGUUACGGACGCGAACGUGCACAAUCUGGCCGUGGAGGGGACCUUCGACGACUGCCAGGACAUUGUCAAGGCUCUAUUCGCCGAUCCCGAAAUCAACAAGGACCUCAAGCUCGCCGCCGUCAACUCCAUCAAUUGGGCUCGCAUAUUAGCCCAGAUCACCUACUACUUCCACUCGUACUUCGCCCUCAUCCGCAGACACUCGUUCCUCCCCGGAUCCACUAUCCGAUUCGUCGUACCUACGGGGAACUUUGGCGACAUUCUCGCCGGAUACUUUGCCAAGCGCAUGGGCCUGCCCGUACAGAAACUCGUCAUUGCCACGAACGAGAACGACAUUCUUCACCGGUUCUGGGAAACUGGACGGUACGAGAAGCACCAGGUCUACGGACAGGAAGCCAAGGGCGGCGAACCCGGCGACGGUGUCCUCGCACACGAGAGUGGAGUGAAGGAGACGCUUAGCCCGGCAAUGGACAUCCUGGUGUCCUCCAACUUCGAGCGUCUGUUGUGGUUCCUCGCAUACGACGUGUAUAGCACCAAUUCGGACGCGCUUUCGCUACGGCUGGCGCAGGCAGGCGACCACGUUAAGCGCUGGCUCGAUGCGUUGAAGGCACAAGGAGGAUUCAGUGUGGAUGAGAAGAUCAUGGAAGCCGCAAGACGGGACUUCAAGUCCUACCGUGUCAGCGAUAAGGAGACCCUUGCGACUAUCACUGAGGUAUUCUCAAAGAUAAGCCCCGGCUACGUUUUGGAUCCCCACUCUGCCAUUGGAGUCCGCGCCGCCCUGUGGUCCGCAGAGGACAAGGAGGCCAAGCCUCCGAUGGGUCACCAUAUCGCGCUUUCUACGGCGCAUCCGGCGAAGUUCAUCAACGCGGUGCAGGAUGCUUUGGCGAAUGAGAAGGAGUACUCCUGGGAUAAGGUCGAGCCUCAGGCAUUCAAGGAGCUCGCUGAUUUGCCCAAGAGAGUCAUGUAUGUUGAGAAGGGAGCUGGUUGGGAAGGCGUUCGCAAGAUCGUACUGAAGGAGGUUCAAGAGGAGAUUGCUGCUGUUGCGAAGGCAAAGAAUUAGAGUUGUAAGACGGGGUUGGUGGUGGUAGUGGCGCUGGAGCAUUGUUUGUUUGAUAGAGCUUGGUGACAUAAAAACACUUGGGUAGACGGUGCGUCUUUGGCUUAUUGGAUUGCUAUCUCUGAAUUCCAUUGCUUCUCACGUCUGCACAUGUGUGCGAUUCUUUUCUCCGGUGUUUAUGUAUACAAUCAUAGAACGAACCGAGGUAGUGGUAUGAUCCUCUUCUGGAGCAUGCACAAUUUCAUGCGUGC